AUGGCCGAUCCCCCUUCGCCUUCUGCUUCCCGUCCGGCUUUGAUGCGCCGCCGUGUCCAAGCGCGUGCAGCCACAUUCGUCGAGGGAAUGCCCAUCCCCGACUGGCCCCAACGUCGUAACUCAACUCUAUCCGAUUCCAUCUCAGAGGCUCGUAAUUCUAUCCGAUCUUCAACUGAUGAUCUGUUUUUACCCCGUGUCGUCAAAGGCAAAGACCCCGUCGCUACGGAGGAGUCGCAUUGGCACUCCACACCACUCGGUCUGGCCCUGCUCCCAGCCAUCGCUGGCAUUUUCUUUCAAGAAGGAAGUGCAUUCGUGACCGAUGUGACACUAUUGGUCUUGGCUGCCAUAUUCCUGAACUGGUCCGUUCGGCUACCUUGGGACUGGUAUCGCUCAGCCCAAACUCUCCAUAGAGAGCAGGUUGCAUUGAAUACAGUACCAGGGUCUCUCGACGCACAAUUGAAAGAAGAAAACGGAGACGAAGAAGAAGAAGAUGAUGAUGAUGAUGAUGAUGAUGAUGACGCAGUGGAAUCCCCGGGCGAUACGCAGCGUCCAAAAGACCACCCUCACCAUCACCGCGCAUCGGCUCAGGCAGAGGCCACAAAGGAACUCCAGAUACAUGAACUAGCCGCCCUAGCUGCAUGCUUCAUAUUUCCAGUUGUCGGCACCUGGCUCCUUCACGCCAUCCGAUCCAGUCUUUCGAGACCUUCAGAGGGCCUAGUCUCGAACUAUAACCUCACCAUAUUUCUACUGGCCUCAGAAGUGCGCCCGUUCUCUCAUCUUCUUAAACUUGUGCAAGCCCGUACCCUCCACCUCCAGCGCAUCGUAGCAUCCACCUCGGCUGAGGACGCAAUCGACCACGAAAAGUUCCAAGAUCUCACGAAACGUCUUGAAGAGCUCGAAGCGCACAUCGCCGAAGCCGCGGCCGCACGGCUCUCCUCAUCCCAUACCCACACCCAAUCCAAAUCAGAGUAUGGGGAGUCAAGCGACGCGCCGUCUCUUCUUACACAAGCGAUAGUCGAAACCCGCCGGGCAAUUCAACCCGACAUAGAAGCAUUAAACCGCGCUGUCCGCCGCUAUGAGAAACGCACUGCCUUAUCCACCUUAAACACAGACACCCGCUUCCAGCAACUCGAAGCAAGCACCCGAGAUGCCAUCGCUUUAGCAGCGGCAGCCCAGCGAUCUAGCGCAGCGCGUAAACCAAGCUAUGCAUUCAUCCUGGCCGACUGGGUCUGCGCCUGCAUCGUCGUCCCUGCUCAACUAGCCAUGUCUAUCCUCAAUCUCCCCGGUCGCGCUGCCUCCUGUUGUGUCACGGCUGUUCGCCGUAUACUUGGCCGCCCUGUGCCUAUUUCCAGGUCCAGACCCCGGGGCGGAAAGGGCAAUAAAAGUUUGAAAGCUGGCAACGGGUCUAGGUUUCGGUCGAAGUCACCUCCUCCACCUCGUACGCCGAUUGUGUCCCCACUAGCACAAUACAUCGCGGGGGCUAAGGAGGCAAUUCACUAG